CACAAGAAAUUAUACGCACACACACGUUCUUUCUAACCGCAGCGUCUUCCACAUAACGCAAAAAACUACAUUUGGAGGCUUUAUAUUCAUUUAUGCUUUAACAAUUUAAUACGCGGAACUUCCCUGCCAUUAGUUUGUAUAGUUUUAAUCUCACAAAUCACAAUACCACCAAGCCAUUAUCUGAAUAUUCACAAACAUGUUAUUUCUCCUACUUUUGUUUGUUUUGUACUGCAUCAGUUCCCCUUGCAAUACAAUGUUAUGUUAAAGGAAGAAAAAUGCAGUCUAGAAAACUAAGAUUAUCGAAGAUGCUGUCUAUGGAGGCGUCACAAAACAAUACCAACUUGAAAUUGAGCAAAUGAAUCUGUUGAACAUUGAGAUUUUAAUACUUCUAAUUUUUGAAUUAAGCAAACUAAUAAAAACAUAAUUUCAAUAUUAAACUGAACAAACUUUUUUUCCAUUUUUACCAUUUCCACAUACUUAAAUUUUGUUUUUGUCCUACUUCUACCACCUGGUGUGAAUUCUAAUUGUCUAUCGAUACUUUGCUUUAUUUUAUUUGUAUCGAUAUAAAUUAUCUAUUUCCAAUUUUGAUGUACAUGAAGAGUGCAGAAAGUGUUUAACUAAUUUUGUGUAUUUUCAAGUUAUGUUGGGUUUUACAAGACUUUUAUUACAUAAAAAUGGAGUUUCUGCUAUUAAUUGCAGGAGUUCCUUGAGCCGGCAUCAUCACAUAUUUAGCUGCAGGUUUCAAAAGGACAUAAAAUUGGUGACAAAAGGGGUCAGAAAUUGGCAAAUUCGAUGCAAUAGCAACCAGGAGAGAAGUGAUAAAGUAAUUGGUUCGUGGUUACUUUGUUGUGGUGGUAUGGUGUAUGUUGCAGUCGCUUUAGGUGGGGUAACCAGGCUUACCGAGUCAGGCUUAUCAAUGGUAAAUUGGAAAUUACUCGGUGAAAAGAAACCAUCAAACUUAGAGGAAUGGGAAUCAGAGUUCCAUAAGUACCAACAGUUCCCUGAAUUUAAAUUAAAAAAUAGUUCAAUGACUUUGGAAGAGUUCAAAUUUAUAUAUAUGAUGGAAUAUAUUCACAGAAUGUGGGGUCGCGCGAUUGGAGCUGCUUUUCUAUUUCCAGCAAUAUAUUUUUGGAGACGGAACUACUUUACCAAUACAACUAAAAAAUAUGUUUUGGUACUUGGAGCAUUUAUUGGUUUACAAGGACUUAUGGGUUGGUAUAUGGUUAAAUCUGGCUUGGAAGAUAAAUUUCAAGAUAUAAACGACGUACCCCGAGUAUCACAAUAUCGUCUAGCUUCGCAUUUAGGCGUUGCAUUUAUUCUAUACAGCUUAUUUCUGUCAUCGGGUUUGAAGAAGUUAUUACCACCAACUAAAAUCCUAUCGUCUUCAAAAAGUAUUGUGCACUUGAAAAAAUUAGCACACCUUUCUAAAGGCUUUGUGUUUCUUACGGCGAUAUCUGGUGCUUUUGUAGCAGGUCUUGAUGCAGGAUUAGUAUAUAAUUCCUUUCCAAAAAUGGCUGAUAAAUGGAUUCCCGAUGACAUUCUUGCAUUUGAACCAAUACAGAGAAAUUUUACCGAAAAUCCCACAACAGUCCAGUUUAAUCACAGAGUAUUGGGAAUAACUACGCUGACGGCGGUAUCUCUCUUAUGGAUGUAUUCAAGAAGAUGUGUUUUGCCAAAACGUGCAUAUUACGCUAUGAAUGCCACCAUGACUAUGGUAUGGUUACAGGCAACUUUAGGUAUAACAACAUUGUUAAACCAUGUUCCAAUCCCACUUGCCACAGCUCACCAGUCUGGUUCCUUGUUAUUGUUGUCCUUGGCUCUUUGGCUAUGCCAAGAAUUGCGUGUGCUAAAGUAUAUUCCAAAAUAAAAUACAUAAUACAUAUAAUAAUAUAACAAA